AUGUCACACUCACAUGUCCCAACAUUAGCCAUGGCCUCGCCCUCUCCUAACACCUCGACUGCUUCUUCAAUCCGAGCCGGCUCCACAGCAGCACUCCUCAACCCUGCACGCAGAUCCUUUCUAGACGAGUCUGCGCUCUCACCUCAAGAAUACAUCGUCUACCUCUCAAGCUUUGCAAGUAUCAAACCUGCUCCCAGUAAUCAACCAGAUCUCAUUGACGAGCAAGAUGGUUUGCGUUACUUGCGCCAAGAAUGUGGCAUGUCAAUCGCCGACGAGCUCGAGAUCUUGCCUCUCUUUGAGCGUACACCGCUAGGCCUGGCAUCUGGUCAUUUUUUCGCCAUGCUUCGUCUGGUAUCAUGGGCUCAACAAGGCAAGUCUGCCACCAAGGAUCUCGUCUUCACUCAGACCAAGCCUGCUCGCAUCGCCCGCCCAAAAAAGAUUUCGACACCACAGAGUGCUUCGGCAGCCACUUUUGGCAAUGUCCAACAAAUCACUUCCCCCGGACCAAGGAGCCUCACUGCCGGCCCAUUACCGCUCCUAUCGGCGUCUGCACCACCGACCAAGAUUCCACCACAGAAGCCAGACUCCAGCACUAAACCGCUUCUGACGCCAGUACGUGAGGAAUUCAGUUUGAAUUUCAACGAGCAACCUGAUUCUCCGCGAGACGCUUUCAAGCCUCCACCUGCCGUUCCAGCCAAGCCGCAGAUGCCCAAGUUGGUCGCUCCCAAACCCAAGUUCGCCAACCCCAACAUCCCACUUAACCUCGAGCAGUCGCAACGCAAGCCAGUGCCUAUCCCGCCAUCCUCGAGCGCAAAUCCAUUCCACGACGGUGCAACAUCCACAACUAGCUACGCAAGCGGUUCUGGUUAUGCUGUCGCAGUUGGAGCCGCCUCAACACUGCCUACCAACAUCUCGACCCCUUCAGGUGCAUUGCUUGGCUUCGAUCCGGCGCCAAAUCCGUUUAAGCAGAGCAAGCCACGCAUUGUCAAGCCUACGCCCGUUCGCGCUUCUUCACCAGCAUCCAACCCCUUCCGAAACGGUACACCAGCAAUGGCAGCCCAAACUCACUUCCCCAAAGUGGUCUUUGACCAGGCAAACGACGCCUCUUCCCAAGCCAGUAGCUCUCGCUCACGUCAGCAGCAUCAGGCCGAUCGUCUUGGUGCCUCGUCGCCUCCACUCCCACCCCGCCCUGGAGACCGCAACCCUCCUCCUCUGCCACCGAGACACAUCAGCCCACUCAUUCAAGCAGGUCUCAAUGCACGGAGCCAAGUGCGCAGAGCCAAGGAAUCGCUCCCACCCAAAACAUUCACCGUCUUGCAGUCGUCAGCAGCCAAGCACGGCGGUCAUCCACCAGCAAAGCCUCGUCUGUUGAACGGUCAAACAGCACCACCAGAGAUCGCUGCUGCCACUUCGCACGCCAAGAAGCGUUCCAUGUCGGGCACAAAGUCGUUCUUGGGUAGCAGCAGUGCACUGAGUCACCCAUUGCAGCGUCGUGAUUCGGAGCAAUCAGCAUCGGACGUAGGACGCAAUGAUACCGAGUUGGGCACUGCAGCCCGUCGUACGUCUAGCCAAUUGCAGCCUGGUAUUAGUGGCGAUAGCGAGGUCGGCGCCGGAAGUUCUAUGGUCUCGCACGGCGUUUUGCAUCAGCAACGGCAACACACAGUCCCUACAGUAGCGCCCAAGCCCAUCUAUGCAAAGAAAGCGGGAUCAGCCAGCGGCGGCGGUGGCCAAGAUUCAUCCUCCUCCGUCUCCAAGGUGAAAGCUACCCUCCCAUCCUGGUUAAAGGAACAGGAGGAGCUCCAACGAGAAGCGCUCGCAUCGGGAUCAGAACCGCCUCCGCCACCACCUAUCCAGCCUACAGAGGGUGGCGUUCGCGGCAGGGCAUCACGCACAGUAGUAGACAAUCUCACAGACUCGGCUGAAGCCAUGUCAGACGAAGCCGCCGCUGCCAACGCCGCAUCCAUCGACCGUCACAACCCUUUCUUCCCUCCUCAUCGCCGAGAUGAAGGUCGCAGUCCCCAUCCCCGUGCUGCCGGUCCUGACGUGGAAGGAUUCGACGACAGCCAAGUGAGCAGCAACCGUCCUCUCGGUCGUUCGAAAACUACUGGUGCAUCCGCCAAUCGCCCUCCCCCACCUCGCCGCCCACGCCCAGCAGGAGCCACCGAUGCAGAUAUUGCUGGAGAAGAAAACGGAUCCGCCGUCUCUUCCAACGCUCACUGGGGCCACUCACUCGAAUCUGGCACCUAUGCAGGCUUCAAACCCAACAAAGAACCCAAGAACUCGGGCGGAUUGCGGCUAGUCCCGCCCUCCAAGCAAGCAAGGAUGCUCAACAUCGCCAACGCAGAACAGUUGGAGAAAGAAGGUAUUCGACCUGCCCAGGACCUGCGUAAGGUUAGCAUCACUUCCACUUCCCAAGAUGACGCCAAUAAUGCCGGACAGCAGCAAGGCGGGGGUGGAGCGAAUAGUGAGAAUUCCUCUGGGAAUGCUCCGAUGAGUCCGACUACGCCUAGUGGAAACUAUCCGACAUCGCACCAGAUCCAACCUAGUGGAUUGAUGCGUCGUCAGGGCUCGCUGGGUUCGACGAUUCGGGAAAAAGUGUCGGAUAUACUCAGACUGCAAGAUCAACCACCGAAGGGUCAGCGUGGGGUCGAUCUGUUAACGCAAGAUAUAAACAGGUUUGUGGAUAAGAACGAAUGGCUUGCUCGCAAGCGCGACUCUUUCGUUCGCUCGACGAGCGGUAAUGCUGCACGAGAGAAGGAGAGAUUGCUCAACAGCAGCGAAGAAGACCGCAUGCACUCCCGCGGUGAGGUUGAGGAAGAGGAGGAUGAUGGACCGCACCCCGACACCGACCCUUCGCAGGAUUUUAAAAGACAUUCCUCCUCGCAUCACAGAUCGAUCUCUGGUAGUGAUGGCAAUCGAGACCCUUUUUCCUCACCACCUCCCAAACCUCACUCACCAAGCGUAGUGCAGUCACACCAACACGAACAUAACCCACACUUGCAUCAACCUCCUCCUCAACACCCCGCCACCACCAAACAGUUCGAUCCUCAAACUGGAGGACUGCGUAGAAGUGGAUCCCUAAACCCAAAGAGAUCGAGUUCUUACAAUUACCCUGCCGCGCCAAGUCCGCCUGGUUUUGGAAGGGACGGUAAUCAGACUUCCGCCGCAUCAGCAACAGCGGCGGGGGGAGGCAGACGUUGGAGCUCGUUCCAUCAACCGCAUAACUCUUUCUCGCAGUUGCAGUCUCACUCUAGCCAAUUCUUGAAUCAGCACCCGCAUCAACACGAGGCAAGAAGAGACUUGAGGGGUUCAGCAGUUGAUGAAGAAGAUGCGGAUGAAGAUGUGGAUGAGGUGAUCGUUGGCGCUAGGGGUGGCACAAGCGAACUUCACAGUGGAUACGCUCAGCUUUGA